AGUUCCUCAACUCAGGCAGAUCCUGAGGAAUACUACGUGAAACAAGAUAGAAUAGGAAAAGGAUCUUUUGGUGAAGUAUUCAAAGGUUUUGAUAAGAAAACCAAUAAUUCUGUAGCAAUCAAAAUAAUUGAUCUUGAACAUGCUGAAGAUGAAAUUGAAGAUAUUCAACAAGAAAUAAAAAUUCUUUCACAAUUGGAUUCACAAUAUUACGGUUCUUAUCUCAAAGGAACUCAUUUAUGGAUUAUUAUGGAAUAUUGUUCUGGAGGAUCAUGUUCAGAUUUAGUGAAGCCUGGUGCAUUAAGAGAAGAAUACGUAGCAAUCAUUUUACGAGAAUUACUAAAAGGAUUGGACUAUCUUCACUCUGAACACAAACUUCACAGAGAUAUAAAAGCGGCAAACAUUCUUUUAAGUUCUACUGGAGAUGUAAAGAUAGCAGAUUUUGGUGUUUCGGGACAGAUCACAGCAACUAUAACAAAGAAGAAUACUUUCGUUGGAACACCGUUUUGGAUGGCACCCGAAGUCAUUAAACAAUCAGGAUAUGACUUUAAGGCUGACAUCUGGUCUCUGGGAAUAACCGCAAUCGAACUUGCGACAGGCGAACCUCCUCAUGCGGAUCUUCAUCCAAUGAAAGUUCUUUUCCUUAUUCCUAAAGAUCCACCACCUUCUUUAGAUGAUAGUCUAUAUUCUAAACCAUUUAAAGAAUUUGUCUCUUUAUGUUUAGAUAAAGACCCAAAUAACCGACCAACUCCAAAAGAGCUACUUAAACAUAGAUUUAUUAGGAGUGCAAAGAAGACUUCUUAUUUGACAGAAUUAAUUGAACGUUACCAAAAAUGGUUGGCAGAUGGUGGUGGUGAUCAGCACGAUUCCGAUGAAUCGGAUUAUUCUGAAAAUGGUAAUAAAGAUGUAGAGGAUACAGAUUGGGAAUUUCCAAAUUCAGGUUCUACGUCAUCGGAUGAUGAAACCUGCUCUGGAGAUAAUGCAACAAUUGGACCAGCCAAGGGAAAACAUACUAUGGUAUCGAAAGCUAAGAAUUCGGGUUAUGACACUAUAAAAUAUGUCAAUACGACAAAUGUGGAAAAUUAUGAUGAUACUGACCAAAACCAUGUUGAAAUCUCUCCCGUGACUGGUCCUGCGGUUUUCGAUAAGGUUAUUGUACCUUCCAUAGAAAAUUUACGAAAAAAUGUGCCAUCCAAAAAAGCUCAGCUCACACUGGAUAUUUUGAAAAAGGCCUUUGAGGAUGCAGAAAGAGAAGAUCCUGUCUGCACGGGAUCUAAAAGUCUUGCAUGGGAUUAG